UUUGAUGACCUAGGGUAGAAUAUUGCAAAAAUGCAAUCAAAAUGUAUCAAAUUUGCUCGAUUGGGGUUGCAAUUGGCAGGCAUUAUUCCAAUGAAAAAUUCUUAUAACCAUUUUUUCAGUUUUAAACUUCUUUCUUUCAAUGGAAAACUUACUAUGCUUGUGUGCGGUAUCAUUUCAUUCAUGUUUGCCAUUCAGUCUGAGUUGACAAAAUCAUUCACAGCAUGGGCCAUUUUCUCUGUGUCAGUGCAACUUGUGCUGAAGCAAUACACAACUCACAAAAAUGAUUUUGCAAAAAUGCUUGAUGAUGCCGACCGACUUUUGGAAAGUGUCUUGACAGACCAAAAGGCACGUGAAAUUUUUGAGCCCAUGGAUUCAAUAAGAAUUAAGUUCUGUAAAGUCUUUGUUUAUUCUUUGUUAUGUUACAUGCCACUUAAUUUUUUUUCCAAUGUACUUGACUACUUUUCUGGCAGACCGCUUAGAAAUCCUUUCCAGUUGUGGACACCAUUCAGUUCUAUUUUAUUGUCAUUCGUCUUUCAUUCAUACAUUUUAUCAAUGGCAAUAAUCACUGAAAGUUCUUAUCUUAACAGCAUUGCUAGUGUUUCCUUACAUGUUGUAAGCUGCUUAAAAAUUCUUUCUCACCGUUUGAGCAAGCAGCCACAGUUUAUUUCUAAAAAAGUCGAGAGGGAGACUAUAAAAAUUCAUUCAGAUGUAAUUCAGUUAGUGGCAUUGAUGAAUAAAAAUUAUGGAGCAAUGAUAACACUAGAGAUAUUAAGUGCUUCUCUUCAGGCAUGUUUCACAGGAUAUCAAAUCUUGGUUGGUCUUGAAAAUUUGGAUUCAAAUCUUCUGGUUUUUUUUGUUGUCUUUAUAUUUAUUUGGGAGUUACCUUUUAUUAUAUGCUAUUGCGGCCAGGAGAUAGAAACAGAGAGUGAAACUAUACUCAGAGCGCUGUAUCAGAACUUGUGGCAUCAAAGAAGUCCAGAAAACAGGAAAACUGUAUUUUUCCAAAUGUUGAUGAUGUCAAAGCCCCUGAAGUUACAUUUUCGAAAUUUCAUUGUGUUUAACUUUGCACAACUUGGAGGGGUGUUACAAUCAGCAUACACAGCAAUGGCCAUGAUGCGAUUGUUAUUUAUUUGAAUCGUCAUUACAAUUUGUAUUGUUAAAUUAUAAAAUAAUUUUAAGUUACAGCACUGAAAAUUAUCUUACUAACAUCUUAAAACAGUCUUGUUUCCACAGACAAGCAGCACGGUGAAAGAAGAUUUAUGGAUUUAUAGAUGCUAAGGCACUUGUCUUUUCUGUGUUUAAUUGAUGCAGUCAUGUUACAGAACCACGGGAAACUGUAGCAAGAGAGGCAGUUUAUUACCCUAAAAUAAAAUGUAAUGUAAAAAAGCAAAAUGUUGUAU